AUGAGGUGCUGUGGACGCAGUGUAGCAGAUGUCAUCAUUCUUACCACCCUCUUCGUGGUGACGAGUUACUCGGCACAUAGCUACUACACAUUUCUUUUUCCCGAGACCCUGAGUGCGUUGGCUUUGGCCUUCUUGCAACCGUUUAGGCGGGAGAUAGCGCGACCAACUUCCUCUUCCCCUCUUCACCUCAACUACUUGUUUGACGUCUCACCCAAGAAUUGGAUUAUGUUUGGCGUCUCUGUCUUUCUUUUUGCACUCGCAACGUGGGCGUACGUUGCGGCAGUGGUUACCGAUCCCGGUCGUGUGCCGCAAGCAUUUAGGCAGCGUUCUCCAAAGAGUGCUUCUUUAGCGUUGAGGCUGGCAGGUGGUCUGCAUAUGUGCCCAGUGUGUGCCUCAUACAAGCCACAGCGGGCACACCACUGCAGUCGUUGUAGGCGCUGUGUCCUAAAGUAUGACCAUCACUGCCCGUGGCUCGGGCAGUGUGUGGGGUUUUUCAACUACAAACAAUAUCUUCUUGUGGUAUUCUACACAUUUAUCUUUACGCUCUGGGUGUGCGUUCUGUUGUUUGUGGCUAUUGGAUCAUAUAUUGUUCAACACUACCAAAUUGUCGGUGGAAAGAUCGUGCAUCGUAACGAUGGAGAGUGGUCCGUGUGGCGCAAUGGGAAAUGCUGGACAGGGCCACUUGUGCUGGAUGGAGGUGUUCAUCCUAAGAAGGCUACUGGAAGAGAAACUGGCAUUAUUACUUCCAAUGGCUAUUUUGGAGGAAUGGACGUUUGCCCGCCAUUUUUAGGGGUGUACGUAUGCCUUACAGAAGCGUUAAUCUUCCUAGUUUUGACAGCGUCAUUGUUGAAAAAACACUUUUGGUUGGCAAGACACAACUCAACUACCCUUGACCUUGUUGUUCAUCAGCAUCAGUUGGAGGAAGGAAUUGCCACUGGUCCUCCUGUAAACCAAUUCGACGUUGGUGUCAAGGCGAACCUUCAACAAGUCUUUGGUGAUGGUGACGAGCACGGAGAACACGUGCAUCCCAAUUUCAUUGUGAGGUGGUUCUGCCGCUUGCUGCCCUUUCUUGCGUACCCCAAGCAGUUGGAUUUCACCGAUGCUUCGCAACUGAGCAGUGGUCGUGAAGAGUCUCCAUUUGUUUCUCCUUUUCCCGCAGCAUCACACAUGGCGUUGACAGUGCCGAACUACGGGACGCUUAGACAGGUGGGUCCUGGCAGCGCCACUUCCGACAGGGGUCUUGGGGGAAACUACCACGGGCGGCUCCCGUUGCAGUCUCAGAGACCGAUGGAGCUUCUGCGAGGAAUCUGUUUCCCCGCUCUGCCGCAUCCGACUGGAGAUGUGGUUGUGUAA